GCCCGAUUAAAAUUAAAUCACUGACACACACAUUUGUAGAGAGUCGUAAAUUAGUAAAACCUAUAGGAUAAACUCUAACAACCUUAACCUUUUCCUUUUCAUUUUUCUUCUGACUUUCCCUGUUCUUUGUCUGAAAGAAACACCAGUGAGUGAGAAGGCAAAAAUGCAAGGAGGAUUUAAGCUCUUUUCUCGUGGAAGUGUCCUCAAAAGUGCUGUUUUACGACAUGUCCGAUUGGUGAAUCCAGUGUCGAGGCCACUUAUGUUUGUGCGCUGUGAAACAACUUCAGCUGCUCGGAUAGAAGAACAUGGUUUUGAAAGCACCAAAAUAUCUGACAUUUUGAAGGGCAAAGGUAAAGGUGCGGAUGGCUCUUGGCUCUGGUGCACCACAGAUGACAGUGUUUAUGAUGCUGUGAAAUCGAUGACGCAGCACAAUGUAGGAGCCUUGGUGGUGGUUAAAUCUGGGGAAAAUAAGUCAAUUGCUGGCAUUAUUACCGAGCGAGAUUAUCUUCGGAAAAUCAUAGUACAGGGAAGAUCAUCCAAAUCAACCAAGGUUGGGGACAUCAUGACAGAGGAGAACAAGCUUAUCACCGUCACACCUGAAACCAAAGUUCUGAAAGCAAUGCAACUGAUGACAGAUAACCGUAUCAGACACAUUCCAGUUAUCGAUCAGACAGGUAUGAUAGGAAUGGUGUCCAUUGGAGAUGUUGUUCGUGCUGUUGUGAGUGAGCACAGGGAAGAGCUGAACCGGUUGAAUGCCUUCAUUCAAGGAGGUUACUAGAUGACGACGACGAAUAAAUGGAUGAUGACUGCAAGGGUUCUGUUUGCAGUGUAAAGAUGUCUGAUUUGAGCUCUUAAUCUUGUGAAUGUUGAUAUCCUUCCUCUCUACCAUGAUGUUUGCCUAUGGAUGUGGGUUACCAAUUUGGGAUCAAUAAAAGAUAGUCUCCACUAUUAUUUUUUUUGGUGGCA